UGGUUAAUCACGCGGGUGUGCAUGUUAAUACAGCCACAGUAGAGAGAGCUGUGGAGGGCGAGUCAUUCUGCAGGAAUGAGGAAGUGUCUGCGCCUCCUCCGUGGCUAAAUACAGUAGUCAAUAGUGCGACAUGUCCGUUUCUUGUGCACAAACAGAGCUGAGGCUGGUCGUGCUGGGCCGGACCGGGAGAGGACGACGGUCAACGGUCUGUAGCAUCCUGGGCCUACAAGACAGCCAUCAGGGCCAAGUAGAUGACCAAACUGAGGAGUGCAGUAAACGCAGAGGAGAAGCUGCAGGUAGACAGGUGCUGGUGGUGUCCAGCCCAGACUGGUUCAGUACAGAUUGCCACCCAGAAGAAAGAAGACGGCAUAUCUCCUCCUUGAUCACAUUAUCAUGCCCAGGGCCGCACGCUUUUCUAUUAUGUGUGUCUGUGAACCAGCCAGCUGAUGGCGAGACCAAAGCACUGGAUGUCCUGGAGAAGCUGUUUGGCACCUCUGCAGUCAGCAGAAACACCAUCCUCCUCUUCACCAACAUGGAGGAGUUGGAGGAGGACGAGAGGCUGGAAGAUUACCUGGUCACAUGGCGCAAGGACCUCCAGGUGCUGCUGGAGAGAUGUGGCGGUCGAUAUCACACCCUAGAGACCCGGAGUGGAGAUUCAGAAGCUCUUGAGGGGAUGUUGGAGAAGGUUGAAGAAGCAGUGAAGGAGAGCGGCAAAGAGCACUUUAGCAGCCCUCUGUAUCAGGAGGUUGAAGAACAAGUGCGGAAGAAACAGGUUGAAAUAGUGAGGGAAAGGAGGAAAAAUGUAAGUGAUCCCUCAUUUUUAGGAGACUCUGAGGUGACUGAUGAAGAGAUGGAGGAAGCUCGGGAAGAGGCAGAAAGAAGCAUAAGAGACUUAAAUGUGGACUUGGAUCAUAUUUUCCCUUCAUCCAGCAUCUCACCUUCCUCCCCUCCUGCCUCUUUUCUCAGAGGCUUCUGGGAGACGUUGGUGGCCUGGUUGAAGUGGCUACCCACACUGGUGAGAAGGGAGGCCCUGCUGGGAGCUCUGGUCGGCCUCUUUGUCGGUGGGCCCUUUGGAGGCAUGGUGGGGGCCACCGUAGGAUCAGUGGCUACAGAGGUGGGCCGGAGGAAAACACAGAAAACCAAAUAGAUGAGUGGAGCAGAUAAUGCAAUUAUUAUGAUUAUUACGAUUAUGAUUAUUAUUCUGCCUGAAGUUGCACCUUGAAGUCACUAAACUGUGUUCAGCAUACACCAAUGUAUUACCAAGAUUACCAGCUUACAUGUAUGUAUUACUACACCAACACUUCUAUGUUGUAGCUUUGAAUGUAUGCGAUGUCUAUUUCCUCACGGAGGGACGAAUAAAGGUAUAGCUAAACGAAGCUAAACUAAUCUAAUCUAAUCUAAUCUAAUCUAAUCUAAUCUAAUCUAAUCUAAUCUAAUCUAACGAGAUGCACUGCAUUAUGCCAUUGCUUUUUAAACUGAUGGAUGGUAAAGCCAUUAAUAAACAAAACCUAGCUAGACCAAGAUUCCUCCACCAUUUUCAAAUUAUUAUGCAGUAUUUAAAAUAAGGGUUAGUUUUCAGUUUUAACAUUUUCAUUGGACUAGAUCCCUGCUAUUCUUCAGGGUUACCUUCUAAGACUUGUGUGAAUAGUGAAAAGAAACACAGGCACCCAUUAAAAAUGACUUUAAUUAAAACAUUUUAAUAAUUUUUUUUUAAAAAUUCUGACUAAAAGCCCUAUAAUAUAUAAGUCUCAAAUAUACUCCCCACUAAUGAAUGAUGAUGAAUGACAGAUGAUUUAUGGAACAGAUAGAAUGGGAUACACAGUCUCGCCUAUAACCUGAUUGUCGUCUAUCGCGACAACCGCAAUGCUGUCUUCUGCUGCACCGCCUCCCAUUUUGCACUAAACAGGCUAUCAUUCUCCGACAGCUGCCUGCGUCUAGCACGUCAACAUAAACGGCACUGCCCACCUGUAGUAUAUCGACUUAGCAUCAUAUGUUAACUUGUGUUCACAUCACUGUAAGUUUUGGGUCCGGAUUGUAAGAAAGUAGAUUGUUGAUUGUUAAUAUCAUGUAUCGAUAUACAUUUUUACCCACCUGAGGUGAAUGAGAUGGUUUUCCUGCAAAAUAAUUCUGCAGCCAAGAAGUCAGUAAUGAGCAGAAUAAGAAAAAAUACAUUUUGAUAAGAAAUGUCCAAAUAGGUGGGGAUCCACUGUCCUAAUCUUACUUUUCUUUGUUGAUUAGCCGGGAAAAAUGGUCACCAAAAAUAGUUCCUUGCUCUGUGGUCGACAACACAUUUUGGCCAAUCUGAGGAAUGACAAUGAUCUUUGAGAUGACAUCAUUACGGAGAUUUGGAGCAUGUGUCCAAGAAAAUCGUGUCUGUUUUGCUUGACUUACUUCUUUUUUAUUUAUUAAUGUGGGUAAGUAGUGUCCCUUAAGAAUAAUUAAUAAUUGUAACUAUACUUAUUUAAUAAAUGUUGACUGAUGAAGUAUUCAUUGAAAACUGAAAACAGCUGUAAAGAAUUAAAACCAUCCAUAAAACCUGCUAAUGUUGUAUAAAUAUUGACUAUUCCUGUAAUAAAAUAAUUAAAAAAAGUGUAUUAUAUGAAAUACCACCACGUGGUGGCGACACUAACACCUGUCAUAUUAUUAGGUGCACCUGCACUAUUUCAUGAACACAAUGCUAACAACAUGUUUACUAUUGUGGUUGUAGUUUGCAGUGGUGCAGUUUUGCAUCAUGUUGAAAUGUGUUCCUAUUAUUGUACACC